CAGCCAGACCCAGCGCUGUCACGGGCUCUUCCGGGUUUGGAGCAGGUUGCAGCGGCUGUUUUUCUACGUUCACUCGUCCUUUUCUCAACAAACCAGGCUCCGACAGCGGGCUACACACCUGAGGAAACAUGCCCUACGAGCUCAAGCAUGUCUUUGCCAGCCUCCCUCAGAUGGAGAGGGGACAGUCGAAGGUGAUCAGUGGAGACCCAAAAGGAAACAACUUCCUUUACACAAAUGGCAAAUGUGUCAUCAUCCGCAACAUCGACGACCCGGUGAUUGCAGACAUCUACACUGAGCAUGCGCAUCCGGUGCAAGUGGCCAAGUACGCGCCCAGCGGCUUCUACAUCGCAUCAGGAGACACUUCGGGAAAAGUGAGGAUCUGGGACACUACUCAGAAGGAGCAUCUACUCAAGUAUGAAUACCAGCCUUUCUCCGGCAAGAUUAUGGACAUUGCCUGGACCGAGGACAGUAAACGCAUCGCAGUGGUGGGAGAAGGGAGAGAGAAGUUUGCCGCUGUGUUCCUGUGGGACUCUGGGUCUUCAGUAGGGGAGCUCACUGGACACUCUAAGCUUAUAAACAGUGUGGAUGUGAGGCAGAAAAGGCCAUACAGAAUCGUUACAGGAAGCGACGACACCACUGCUGAGUUCUUCGAAGGACCGCCCUUCAAGUUCAAGUUCACUCUUAAGGACCACACUCAGUUUGUGAACUCUGUGCGCUUCUCUCCUGAUGGAGCUCACUUUGCCACCGCUGGAGCUGACGGACAGAUCUUCCUCUAUGAUGGUCAGAAGGGGGAGCUGGUGCGCUCUCUAGGGGGAGACAAGGCGCACAAUGGAGGAAUCUAUGCGAUAAGUUGGAGCCCCGACAGCUCUCAGCUCAUCUCGGCGUCGGGCGAUCGUACUGUUAAACUUUGGGACGUGGACAGUGGCUCUGCGCUGACGACCUUCUCCUUCGGGUCAGAAGUUGCCGAUCAGCAACUUGGGUGUCUCUGGCAGAAGAACCACCUCCUCUCUGUGUCUCUGAGUGGCAACAUCAACUACCUGGACAAGAACAACUCCAACCGGCCAAUCAGGGUGCUUAAGGGCCACACAAAGUCCAUCCAGUGUCUGACCGUUCACAAAGGAGACGGCCACUCCUACAUCUACUCUGGCAGUCAUGACGGACACAUCACGCGCUGGGACAGUGAGAACGGAGAGACUGAGUGUUUCUCAGGGAAAGGACACACAAACUCUGUGUGUCGCAUGGCUGUCAACCAGAACAAUGAACUGGUGACCUGCAGCAUGGACGACACCGUGAGGUUUACUGAGACUAGCAGCAAAGAUUACAGUGGAGAUGUGGUGAAGAUGGACUCUCAGCCCAAGAGCGUGAGUGUGUCUUCAGAAGGAGUGUCUCUGGCCGUCUGCAUCAACCGGAUUGUUUUACUGAAGGACAAAAAGAAGGUUUUCACUUUGGACAAUCUGGACUUUGAGCCUGAGGUGGGAGCUCUGCAGCCAAAGGGCACUACUGCUGCUGUGGGGGAUGCGGAGGGCAAGAUCCAUCUGUACUCUGUGUGUGGGGGCACUCUCUCCUCCACAGAGCCGCUCCUGGAGGUCGCGGCCAAACUCACCGACCUCAGCUUCUCUCCUGACGGAGCAUUUCUGGCCGCUCUGGACGAGCACAAGGUCCUCACUGUAUUUAGUGUGACCGACAACUACGCUGUCAAAGGUAACUUUUAUGGACACCACGCAAAGCCAGUGACUAUGUCCUGGAAUCCAGACUGUGAGCACAUCGCCACAGGAGGAAUGGACAUGAACGUGUAUGUGUGGGACAUCAAUGACGAAGACAAGAGGAUCAAGUUGCCAGACACCCAUCGCCUGCACCACGUGAGCAGCUUGGCCUGGUUGGACGCUCACACUUUGGUCACCACCUCCCACGACGCCAGUGUAAAGCAGUGGACCAUCACCUACUGAUCUCAGAGACUGGACCGGGACCGGGGUCUAGACUGGGACUAGGACCAGACCAAGACACGACCAGGAUCACAGGACUUGUGCAGACCCAGGCUUGGCUUUGCAGGGUCUGAAUGAUGAAUGCCUGUAUGAGCUGUUGAUUUAAUCCUUUUUGUUGUUUUGUCUUUAUAAUUUAUGCAAAAAAUGGUUCAUUGUUCACACGCUGGACACUUUAUUAGGUACGUUGCCUCUGACCCAGAAUGGCUACUCCCUGGGACAGUUUCUUCUGUGGGGCUUGUUUUCUGUGUACUUCACUGAUGAGUGAUGGUUGUGGGUUAAAUUCCCUGUAGAUCAGCAGUUGGUUAGCCCAGUUCAUGCAAAGACAAAGUCCCCCUUAAGUCCCAUGUUCCCAUUCUGAUAUUGGGCAUUUACCGGGACUAAACCAGGGCUAAACUGCGACUAAAGAUUAAUAUGAAUCUUUAUUUUUGUACUUUAUUACAACAAAAACAGGUUUAAACCAGGACUAAACCAGGGCUAUAAUGACAAUGUACCUAAUAAAGUGGCCAGUGCAUAUUUUUCCCCUGACGCUUUAAGUGUAAUGUGAUUGACAGCUCGACAUUCCUUUUGAUUCUCUUCACCUGAUCAUCUGAACGUCUCCACUGGAAGGCGCAGUUUGAACUCUGAAAAUGUCACAAAACAUAAACGAUCUAUUUUUACAGAAUCAUUACCCUCUGUCUCAUAAAUACUCCGUGACUUCUGCUUCUAAGAGGCAACCCCCCCCCAUUCAUUUUUCCUACAGAUUUUUCAAUUAAAGGAACCAAAUGCAAUUAUAAUCUAGGAAGUGAUUCAAAACCGUAGAUUAUAUAUAUGAAUUGGUACUAAAACCCAGGUCUGACCCUAAACUAGGGUUAAACUGGGACUAAACUAGUUCUACAGCUAGUCUAACACUAAACCGGGAAAUGCAUGAAUCAUUUUGCCUUUAUUACUUAAGUAUGAGAUGUACAUUUUAAUUUUGUGGCACUUGCACUCAUCAAAAAACUUUAAACUCUUAACUCCUAGAUUUAAAAAGUCAAUGGGGAAAAUGAAUGGGACUUUUACCCCUGAAAUGGCGGCUGCUGGGUACCACCCCACGCCCCCUCCGGUUGAGAACCACAAAGUGUGAACCAAAACUUUUGGUUACAUUCCUGGAUAAUCAUGUUCUCAUUAUGUGUUUUUUGCUGUGGCCUCCUGUAAAUCCUUGGCAUUUCGUCCGGGGCAAGGUUUGGCGUUUCCAUGUCAGAAAACGCAGCAGGUACUUGAUUUUGAGUUAAUUUCACAAUCAGAAGAUGUAAUUACAGCAAAUCUUAAGGAGACGUUAACAGGAUUUUUUUUUGAUCCGUUACAGUACAGUCAACUAAGACCUUUUUUUUUUUUUUGUUUAAAAAAAAAAAAAAAGCUCAGGUUUGCCAAAACACUGUUGGGAGACCUUACCAAAAACUCUAACCUGACCCUGGUCCUGACCCUAACCUUCAUCUGAUGGUGAAAAAAAAUGUAUAUAUAAUCAAAAAUCAACAUUUGCGAGGCUAAGGGGCUGUUGUUUGUUCUAAUUUUGGCUCUAAAUUUUCUUUGUUUUGUCAAGUAAGCUUUUUAGACCUGGCAGGAGCAGCUCAGGUGAGUAGAAAACUGUUUCAAAGUUGAUUGACAUGGUAGAACGUUAAGUCCCGCCCCCGAACGAAAUGCCAGGCUUUUAGAGUCCAGCUUUUGCCAUUUGAGUGUGAUCUGAGGACUUCCUGUUAGACUAUGGGUGGACGGAGUACUUCAGGAUACUGCAGUACUUUUAUUGCGAUUCUGUUUUUGUGCGCACGGUCAAGUCUGAUAUUUUCAUGUUUUACGCAUCGAGCAACAAGGAAAUAAAUAAUAAACAUUUGGGUAGAAGUCA